AUGUCACAAUCAAGCCAGGUACCCAUCCUCUCCUCGCCAUUCCUGACCGUCGGCGUGGUUGACACGGCGCUCAAUGCAGAGACCAACCCCGCGGUCCGCGUCCAGCUCCUCGGCGCAAAGGUGCAUCUCCUCGAGAAGGCGCGCGAGGCUGCCGGCGGUGCGGCGGCGCCAGCACGAGCGCCUACGUCACAUUCGGGUGCAGUGGUUGCCGCUACGGGAGCUGCAGCAGAUUCUGAGGGCGAGGGAGACUCCACACCCGACACAGCACCAAGCUCGCGACGCCCCCGCCCCGACCCCACUGCGCUCCUCUCAACCCGCAUCCUUCUGGCUGACGCGUACCUCGCCGUCCUACCGCCCAACCUCUCGGCUGCUGAGGCUGAAUCCAGGGUCGCCGAGGGGGAGUGUAAGCGGCUCAUGAAGGUCAUGAAACGCCUUGAUCGCGGAGAUGCUGGGGUGGAGGAGCGCCCGGCGUGGCUAGAUGAUAUCCCCCGCCUUCGCGUGCGCGCGUUGCGGGUACUUGCGCGGGUUGAGGAUGGGCUCGGGCGUGGUGCGCGAGCAGAACGGACGCGAAAACUCGCAGCGGACCUUGAGAAACGAUGA